UGACUUUAAUUAUUAUCCAUGCAGGUUCUCACAUCAUCCAUCCUUUACUCCAUAUUCUUCACCUGUAAUGUUUGUGGCAGACAGAUUGGUGCCAGCGUAACCUCAUUCCUGACAUUCAUCCUGUACGCUGUCGAGGUUGGACUCACUCGUGCCAAAUCUGAUGAAACCAAGGGGUUUCUCUCCACUGUGCCGGGUCUACUCAAAGUUCUGGAGGCAUUUGUGGCCUGCAUCAACUUCAUCUGUUUGUAUUACAUCCCGUUCUCACUUUUUCCAGGUCUCAAGUGGUGUGUUGCUGUCUACUCCAUUUGUUUUAUUUUUUCCCUCCUUAUCAUCAUAUUUGCUAUUGUUCGCCUGAUAGGCCGCUUCCCUGCACCUUUUAGCAAAGUUCUGAUAGUCUGCAAUGUGCUGGCCGUGCUGAUGUACAUCUCAGCUGUCAUUGUCUGGCCCUUCUACUGCUUUAGGAACUUUGUCAGACCAGAUCCUUGCUCUCUGGGCUGUGGUUGGAAUGUACUUGUUGUUGUAUCUUUCAUGUCCUGCUUUAACCUGAUUGCUUACAUUGUGGACACAGUGUAUUCUUUCAAGUUGGUCUUCUCUACCACUCAAACAUAAGCACUUUGUUGCUUCAUUUGAAUGUUCAGGUUGUACUUCUAUUGUGAUGAUUUUUCGU